AUGUCUCAAACGCCUCACAAAACGCUACAAAAAAUGUGCAAAUCACCGAAAAGUGCAUCCUACCAUACCAUCAAACAGGAUAAGAUAGAUUACGAGAAUCUGAACACCAACUGCACGGUAGUGGGGUCCAACAACCUCAACCUCGUGAAGAAGCCACAGAUGGUCUCCAGCAUGUCACCUGCAUACUCGAAUCCCAGUCCUGGUUAUCCCCCUUCACCUUAUUCCUCGCCAGCUAGUCUUAAGUCUCCAUCUCCAUCGUUGAAGCCUCCUACGCCGCAGCCGAAUUUUCCAGUUAUGCAGAUCAUCCCCAACAACUUGCUGGCUAGGUCUAUGCAAGCUUCGCAGCCACAGAACAUCAUCAAGUUGAAACCUCAUCUGAACAUUUUGCCUAAACCUUCGGCCAGUCCACAGCCAUCACCAAAACCUAGUGUCAGUCCUCAAAUUGUGAUCCCGAGCAACCCCCAACCAACCGCGUCGAUGGUCCCCACCGGACAGCCAUUGCUCCUUAACCAAAUGCCCAUGUUGACGGCGCCAGGCGUCCAGUUCAUCUUGAGGCCUCAGACGACCACGAAGCUGCAGCCCCAAAUGCAAACCGCCACGGCCACCCCGCAAGGACUGAUACUGCAGCCGGGCGGACAGCAGCUGCUGCAAAUACCCAGAUCUCAGCCGAUGGUCAGGGUGCUGACGAACGGCAUGCACCUCGCUCCGUCUUCCACCACCUACGUCACUCAAGUGGGUAGCCAUCAACAACCAAUCAAUGCAACACACAUCGCACAACAACAGCUAGUCAAUAAUGCUCAUCAGCAUCAACACCAGCAGCAACAACUGCAGCACCAGCAACUGAUGAUGCAUCAUCAGCAACAGGUGAAGAGGAAACCAAAGCACAAGGUGAAAAAGAAACUAGACCUGGCCAAUAUCAUGAAACUAUCGGGCAUCGGCGAUGAGGAUGACAUUCAAUUUGAGAGCGACACGUCUCAAAGCGAGAGUGAACCCACCUCGGUUCCAACGACUCCUCAACCUCAACAAAUAGUCCAUAAUAAUACGAUGCAAGCUCAUAGUAAUUUUGUACAUACAGAUGCCAAGAAGAAUAUGCAGAAUAUUCAAAUUUCGGCGAUGACGCAACCUACCAUAAAUGCAGCUACUCCUGUUGUUCAAGUUCUCAACCAGAACUUCCAAAGCGGCAUGAUCUCUAACAGCACCUCCCAGGCAGCCGCAGCCCAAGCCAGCAUACCUUUCAGCUCAUUCAUAACCCCGAAUUUCACCAUAAAUAACGGUCUCAUGCUACAAAGGACCGGCGGUUUCAAGCUCACCAUGGGCGACGACGGUCGCCUGGUGUUGCAACACGAUCCGACCUUGAAUCAAGACUUGCAGUCUCAGCUGAUCCUGCAAAGCCUCCUCGGAGGCUUGGUCUUGCAGCCCUCCAUGGACCAACAGACGGUGCAGCAGACGGUCCAGACCAUUCAACAGCAAUCGGUGCAAACGAUCCAACAGCAAACGGUGCAAAGCCAAACCAUACAAACCGUUCAACAGCAGACCGUACAGCCGCAGACGGUCCAGCACACCAUACAGUCGCUGCAGCCGCAGAUACAGCAGCAAACCGUGCAGCAUCAAACCAUCCAGCAUCAGACGGUUAACGCGCUGCAGCAGCCGAUGCAAAUCGUGCAGCCGCAACCGAUCCACAGCAUACACUCGCAAGUGCAGCCGAUGCAUACGAUGUCGCAGUCGCAAGUGCACAGUUUGCAGUCGCAAAUCCAAGGACAGAUACAGAGCUUGCUGCAGCAGCAGAACCACGCGGUGCAGACGCAAACUAUGCAGCAUUCGCAAGUACAGCCGCAGAACGUGCAUUCGCAGGCGAUGCAGAGCGUCCAGAAUUUACAGAGCGUGCAAAAUUUACAAGGCGUGCAGAAUGUGCAGAACAUACAAGGCGUGCAGAACUUGCAGAGCGUGCAGAACUUACAAAACGUACAAAGCAUCCAGCAGAACGUCCAAGGGAUACAGCAGAACGUUCAAGGGAUGCAACAGAACGUGCAGAGCUUGCAACAGAACGUCCAAAGCGUACAACAAAACUUGCAGAGUGUACAGCAGAACGUCCAGAGUUUGCAGAAGAAUGUUCAAAGCGUGCAGCAAACUGUUCCCGGUUUGCAACAGGCCAUGCAGAGUGCACAUCAAGGUGGCCAUUCGCAACAAUCGUCAGUACAAUCAGUUCAGAACUUCAACACGCAUCAGUCGCAUUCUCAAAGCCAGCCGGUGCUGAAAGUGCAACCUUUUCAAAAAUCCCAGCCGCCCGUACAGACGGUCCAGCCCAUUCAGCAUCAUAACAUGAAUCAUCAGCAUCAACAGCACCAAUCACAGCAACAGCAGCAACCAAACAUCACAGAAAAUCAACAGAAUCAAAAUAAUACACCGCCUACUUCGUAUGUUGUUAAUUUGACAACGGAUCAAUUGGAGCAGUUGAAGAGGAAUGGGCAGCUGACUGUGAACGGCCAAACGAUCUUCAUGCAGCGUCAAAAUAACGAACAAAUCGAGAAGAAGAUGUCGCCCAAAUCGAAACCAGUGAAAAAAGUCAAUAAAAUACAAAGUAUCAAGAGCAUCCUUCAAGAUAACGUCGAUGAUUCAGUGAAAACCAGCAAUAACACCGAGAAAAUCAAGGAAAACGUUGGCAAAUCCGUAGCUAGUGCCUUAAAUGCAUCUUCGAAGCACACCCUACCUCAAAAUCACGUGCAACCCCAGCCGAUUCCGCAGAACAAGGUGGCGCAGCAACAGGCGAUGGUGCAGCCGCAGGCCUUGGUCCAACCAUCCGUACAAAUACAGCCUAAACCGUCACCGAAGCCGAUGCUCCCGCAGCAGCUGAAGCAGCAAAAAGUCGCCCCCACGGUCAUCGCUCAGGAUUCCAACGGCAGUCAGAGCAACCCCGACGUGGACAAGCUUCUCGGACAGAUAUUCGAAGAAUCUACCAGCGCCAACAAUAGUCCAGUAGCCCAUUCGCCCAGGGCGAACGCUACCCCGAGUCCCUCGCAGCCCCAGCAAAGGAUCACCACGAUACAGCUGACGCCCCAAAAGCAGCAGCACCUGAAGAACAUCCAGCUGCAAAUCCAAAGUUUGUCGGCACGAUUGACGCCAGGGGAUACGGAGAUACAGAGCACGUUGAAGCUGCUGUUCGCCGAGCAGCAGAAGAUCCUGGCAUCGGGGAAGCUGCUUCCUCCGGACAAGGUUUACUAUCACAAUAACCAGCUCACCAUCGUGAAUCCGUCCAGUUUGAACUUGUCGCCGCCGGCGGCGGUGAAGAUCGAACCGCCGCCUAGUCCGCAAAGUUCGGCGGCGGUUCCGAGCAAUAAUCAGCCGGCGGCGAGGACUACUGCCAGUGUUGAGACGCAGUGUUCCAAUGCUCAGCAGCCAACAACAACUCGGACACACUCCUCACCGAGGAUGUCCAUCUCGGCGCCCAACAGCGAAACGACCGCCACCCAAACCAUACAUCACCACCCACAGCCCCCCCUCCCCCACGCCCCAUCCUCCCACCUCCAUCAGCACAACAACAACCACCACCAUCAACAUCAUCACCACGCCCACCAAAACCACGCCCAUCAGAGCCACGCCUCCGUGUCGCCGCGCCCCGCCCUUCAAAGCCCCGCCCCUAAGCACUCGCCGCCCCAUCAGCCCGCCUUCAAUCACCACCACCAGGCGGCGCAGGCGCAUCACCACGGCGGUCUGCCGGCGAGUCACCUACCGAACCACGUCGGCCACACGAAUCACGUGAUCGGGGCUAGGGUAGGGUGUAUGACGUCUGUUGCUCAGCCGAGUGCGCAGCAGCAGGAUCUUCAGUUGAAGCAGCAGCAGCAGCUACAACAGCAGCAGCAGCAGCAGCUACAACAGCAGCAGCAGAAGCAGCAGCAACAACAUUUUCACUCGCAGGCGAAAAAGGCGCAUUUGAUCGAAACACAACUGAAUCUAGACCAAAACGGCGCUGUGAAACCUGACGUCCACACACCAUUCAGAGACAAAAAAGAGGCCUGUAUCAGACUGAUCAGGUACCAUUGCUUCGACCAACCGGUUCUGUCUCAGAAAGACUUGGACAAAGCCGACGAAAUUUUCGAGCUAACAGCUCAACACUUCAUCGGCAAAUUCGCCAAGAUGGAGGAUAAGUACAAAUACCUGAUGAUGAAGGAGAGUAUGCGAGAAGUGCCCACCUCCGAGCUGAUGAUGCUCGACAGGAUGCACGUGAAGGAGGAGCAGGCGGCGCAGAUGCGGCUGCGCGACGACCUCGAGCAGCUGCUCCGUCUGCCGCCGCCGCCCCCCGCGGAGCCCCAGCUGCCGCCCCUCCCACCAGCGCCUGCAACAGAGGGGGCGGGCCAAGGGGGCGGGCCUAACGAGGGCGCGGCCGAGGAUUACGACGAGUGGGCGUGCAUACAGCGCGAACUCGGCUGUCUGCCCGCCCAGGGCGACCCGAAGCCCGCCCAACAGCAACUCCUCGCCCACACCAUCAACCAGGCUAAACGCGCCGCCAACAGCGACUCGCGCCUGGAAACCUUGAAACGGUUCCGCGUCGACAAACACCACCACCAUCACCACCACCACAAGAAACCCCCCGACGUCAUCAUAACCGGCACGCAAAACAGCCAAUCGAAGCUGAUCGGCCAGUCGUGCGGGUACGAGACGUCGCAGAACAGCAGCUAUUCGUCGCACGAGGAGAACGAACCAGAGAACAACAGUAUCGACGAGCAGGUGCAGUCCGCCAUCGAUUCCAUACUGAACUUGCAGCAGAACACUAACGCGCCGUUGGAUUUGGACGGUAUUUUGUCAUGA